CCGGCACGAGAGUGGUGCUGCGUGCGACGUGAAAGUCUAUUACGAAAAAGCAACCUUUUUCCUCUUUUUAGGUGUACACCUCGAGGUUCCAAGAUGGGAGCCCACAAAACAUUGAUCAUCAAGAGAAAACUGGCCAAGAAAAUUAAACAAAACAGGCCCAUACCGCAGUGGACCAGAAUGAAGACUGGCAAUACCAUUAGGUACAACGCCAAGAGGCGUCACUGGAGGAGAACCAAGUUGAAGUUGUAAAUUGUUUCAACCGCAUCAUGUUUUAUGUUACUUGUUCAGAGAAUAAACUUCCAUAAAACUUA